AUGAGUUAUAACGCGUUUGAAUUAGUUCCUGUGAUAGAUCGGGUGCAGUUGAUGGGAGAUAAACCCAGAACUACGGUAGGAUUUUCAUAUUUUACAUCAUGCUACUAUAUGUCAGUAUGUGCCGUCAAAAAUACCAGCUCUGCGGGAAUUCAGUUGUUUUUAUACUUAUAAAUAUGUACUUUCAAUAUUUAAGUAACAUUGGUCCCAGAGAAUUGGACACAUGUUGAAGAUUUGGCCAGUAUGUGUUAUUGAUAUCACAUACAUGAUGGCAGAUGAUACAUGAAAUCCAGGCUCAAAAGCCAAGGUGACAGAAGGGUGUAUCAAUGUAUAGUUAGCUGUCCUCAAACUUUGUCUCAUCUCAUGCAUUCACUUUGUGAAAUCAUGCAAAUUUGAGGAUCAAGGUGAGCAGCCACCUUAAUGGGAGACUGAGCAGAUCACAGAUAAUCCGGUUAGCAGAGUAGGGCACAAGUUAAUGGAUUAACCCAUUAGGUGGCACCAUAAUGCAACCUACUUUAUUAUUUUACUCUUUCUAAUGCCAGAUGAUUUUACUUACCAAGGGGAGAGUGUGGUACUCAAGUGACUUGAUGGGUUAAUUAGCUUAAUUAAAUUAAAAGGCAAAAAAGUACCAUUAUUUCAAUUUGUUGUUUACCAAAUUAUUUCCAGGUUCAAUGCUUAGACUGUGCUGCUCAGAAUUUGUUUGUUGGUACAGGGGAUUGGUAAGAACAGAAUCAAUAUUUCUCAGUGAUUCUAGUAGUCAAUUCACUCUCAUAAAAAAUGCUUGCAUGGUUAUAUACCUUUGUUCCAUUCUAUGCUAAUUAGUAGUACAGUACAUUAUGAGAACACUCAGAACAGUGGUAAUUAUAGGCAUGUGCAUUAUCUGAAAAUGUGUAUUUGGUCACAAACGUGAAUUCUAGCUGAUUAUGAAAUCAAGAAUUUCAAUAACUUCAUUUUACGUACUCUACAAGGCUGUUUCCUUUCUAGUCUGAUAAUCCAUUAUAUUGUUGCUGAUGACGUUUCACCUUCUGGUAAAGCUGUGUUUCAGUACAGCCUCCAGGGAUACAAACAGCUGGGACUGGUAAACUCAUUUUUUAAUAAGUUGGUCUAAUGGAAACAGAAUAAAAUAUUUCAAGCACAGGGCUUUAAUUGGUCGGGUUGGUAGAGCUAGCAAAUGACCUCUGCUUGAGAUGUCGAUGGCUUUGUAAUCUUUUCAGGUAGUUCAGACACAAAUCACGACAGCUUAUUGUAGAAUACUACCCACACUGGACCACCACAUUUGACAUAUCUUUUUCAGGUAGUUUAGACACAAACCAUGACAGCUUAUUGUAGAAUACUACCUACACUGGACCACCACGUUUGAGAUAUCUUUUUCAAGUUGUUCAUACACAAACCACGACAUCUUAUUGUAGAAUACUACCCACACUGGACCACCACGUUUGAGAUAUCUUUUUCAGGUAGUUCAGACACAAACCACGACAGCUUAUUGUAGAAUACUACCCACACUGGACCACCAUGUUUGAGGCCCCCAAAAUUCAUACAGUUUAAAAUAUUGCUUGGAUCAUAUUGGGCAGCAUCAUUGUAAAUAUGCAAUUUGAUUUUCUAUUUUAGAAAAAGCCAGUUCAGCAAUUACUCACGGCUGCCGCGAUCAAUAGAUUGAUUGUGCUAUGCGAUGGUAUAUGAAUAUUAAAAAUACGUACUGUACGUGAUAUAUUGAACUGACCAAUCAUUGUUAAUAUACUGAUUACUUUUCAGGAGUGUUGCUCCUUCUCAGUAUGAUGGGCUUGGAGGUAUCCAAAAAACAAAUUAUAAAUAUAUUUUUGUUUCUAAUUUUUUUUAUAUAUUAAAACAUGGAUGUACCUUGUAUAUAUUUGUCACCACACAAAAUUUCCUUCAGAAAAAAAUAAAGGAAUAAUUACAUUAUACUAACUCAUUAAGCAGCAAUUAAUGUGCCUCACUUUAUUGUUUGACUCUGUCUAACACCAGAUGAUUUUACUCGCCAAGGGGAGAGUGCUGACACUCAAUGGAUUAAAUAACUAAUUAAGAAUUGUAACAACGAAAGUUUAAGAAGAAAUGUAAGAAAGCAACAGAGUUCUCAUUUAUGGCUAUUCCAUGUAAUCCCUUCUUAGUAUGAUGGGCUUGGAGGUAUCCAAAAAAAACAAAUUAUAAAUUAGUAUUAAUGCUGAAAUUCUAUUUUUCUGUUUCUAAAAUUUUAUAUAUUAUAACAUGGAUGUACCUUGUGUAUGUAUGUACAAAAUUUCCUUCGGAAAAAAUAAAGGAAUAAUUACAUUAUACUAACUGUAGCAAUGUGCCCUGAUGUACCUUACUUUAUUGUUUCACUGUCUAAUACCGGACGAUUUUACUAAUCAAGGAAAGAGUCAGCGCGGACACUCAAUGGGUUUAAAAACUAAUUAAGAAUUGUAACAACAAAAGUUUAAGAAGAAAUGUAAGAAAGUAACAAAUUUCUCAUUUAUCGCUAUUCCAUGUAAUCUUUUAAUUCCUCUUGUAUAGAUGGUAAUUUCUGGAUUUAAAGACAAGCUGAAAGGGGUAAUGAUGUACUUUACUUACUUGAACUUUAUAAGUACAGCAGAGUGACUCUUAAUGAAUAUAUUUCCACGUUUUUACAGGCAACUUGCGUAGCUCGCAAUGAUAAUCCUGCGUCGUUUGAUCCGUUUUCCGUCGAGGUAAACUUCUUCACCACUUUUCAAUUCGAAACGUAGACACGUUGGCCAGAUUUAUCUUAAUGGACGGAUGAUGCAUCUGGGCGAACUUGGGCAAUGAAAAGAUAGUUCGUCGUUGUAUCAAACGCAGUAAAUGGACGGGUCAUCCGUCAAGACGAUGCAUCUUUGUAACUUUUUUUGAUAACAGAACAUAAGGCCCUUAUUAAGUCCCACCAAAACAAUACAAAGAUUACGUUAUACAUACAAAACCACAGAAAAAUUACAAUUUGUAAUCUAAUUGGAACAAUUAACUAGUUGGCUUACUGAGGUGUAAAUUCAAAUUAAGAUCAUCGAUUACCAAAAAUUAUCUACUAAUUUAUAUAAUUAAAUCAAGAAAAAAGCGGAUUUUUAAAUCAAGAAAUCUUACUACGCCUUACAAAUAAUUUAUCCAUCGAGCAUAAGUGACAACCUUGUAGCAACUUGAUGAAAUAACAGCAUUGUUACAACUUGUUGACAAGCUUGCUACAAGCCUGUUGCGAACACAUCUUGUUGACAAGUUGUGAGAUUUUUACGUGUGAUUGAACGAUGUGCAAAGCAUUCUUGUGUCUUGUGACAGGUAUGUGUUGGUACAAGAAAGAAAGUGAUUCAUAUUGUGAUGAUCACAGAAGAUAAUGUGUAUCCCAAAAGAGAAAUAUCGCUUGCUGAAUCACCUGUGCAUUUGGUAAGGAUUUUUUUCAAAUUGACAAUCUGUUCGGCACCUCUGUUUUUAAAGCUACUGGAAUAUUUUGUUUCAGAAUUUUGAUGGGAGUACAGUAUGUGUGGCAUUGUCAAGUGUUUAUUGUAACGUGGAUGUCCCGUCAGGAAAGGUGAGUGAUAGCAGAUGAAACUGGAACGACAGUUAAUAGGGUAAUGGCAGAUGAUCGAACAGACCCCUUUUUUUUACUCGUGUUUUUAGAUACAAGAGCUGAUCAGUUAUGAACCACAGAAUACCAGACCAAUUAUCACAAGAAUUGCUGUG